CUACCCGUAAUUCGCCCUAGGGCGAAAUGGAGACCUCGCCGCCUCGCUGCAAACGACGCCUGCCGUCGCCAGAGGGGGGUCCGGAUGAUUCGGCGGCGGCGGCGAGGGCGGCGGGCCUGGACUCCCUCCCGGAGGAGCUCCUCGAGAAUAUCGUCGCCCGCCUCCCCCUCCGCGACGCCGUCCGCACCUCGGCGGUCUCCGGCUCCUGGAGCCGCCGGUGGGAGUCGACCCCCGACCUCCGCCACUACUGGCCCCGCCGCUCGCGCCCCGCGGCCAUCUGCGCCGUCCUCGCGCGCUACUCCUGUGACGUCCGCCGGUUCUGCACAUGGGGCAUCCGUGCGGAGGCUUUCCCCCACAUCGACGAGUGGCUCCCCCUCCUCGCCGCCAAGGGGGUCCAGUGCCUCACCCUCUCGUUCUGGGAUUACACCGAUGUGAAUGUGGAGUACUACACCCUCCACCCCGCCAUCUUCGCCUGUGCCCAGCUCACCAGUCUCCACCUCGAGCGCUGCUUCCUCCCGACCGCGCCCGAGGGUUUCGCAGGGUUCCCGAAUCUUACAACGUUGAACCUCGUUUACGUUGGCCUUCCGGAGAAUGGGGAGAAGAAAUUGGAGGCGAUGAUCCGCAUGUCCCCGUCGCUCGUCUCACUGGAGCUCAACAAUGUUGAGGUUACUGAUGAUGACUUCGAUGACUGGAUAAUUCAGGCGCCGAAUCUCGAGAGGCUGACUAUUAUUUCAGAUAUUGAUUAUGGAUGGGAGAUCCGGGAGCUUCCAUCUAUACAAGAAGCUAAUAUCAAUAGUGAGGACUACUCUAUUGAUCGUGAUUUCGUCAAGCUUCUCACGUGUUUGGCCCAAGUCAGGCAGCUCGAGUUUCUUAUUCCGGUUGACUCCUGUGACGAUUGGGAACCAGUGUCCACAGAUGGCAAUGCUCUAGAGGGAAUUUCUUGUUCUUUUCAGAAACUAAGGAAUUUAAUUCUUCAUACAAACUUCUACAAAGCAUCUACCAUUUUAUCUACAUUUGGUUUACUCACGAGAGCUCCCAAUCUCAAACAUCUGGAAAUCGAGAUCACAGAUCAUGAGAAUCAGAGCGACGAAGUAGAUAUAACUUUUUUUGAUGCAAUGUGGACCAACAGUCUUUUUGCAAAUCUUGAUUUUGUUAGCAUAAAGAGUGCCACUUGUUGGUCAAAUGAAAUGUGUUUUAUUGAAUUUGUUCUAUCCAAAGCAAGAGUCCUUCAUGAAUUUUAUAUUUAUCAUGAUGAUACUGGCUCAUACUCGGAGCCUAGAGAAAAGGCAAUUAAUGAGUUGGCAAAGUAUAAAAGAGCAUCGCCAAAGGCAAUGGUAUUCUUCAGGGACAUGGAGGAUACUUGGCUGUACCCAUGAGUAUCGAGAAUUGGAGACUCAGAAGAGCACUUUUGCGGCCUGAUGCACAGGAGUUUUGCAUCGCCAAUUAUACGGAGUUAUUCAUACCCUCGGUACAUUUUCAGACAUGCUUUUAGAAAAUCAUGGCGUGAUUAUUCAUAAUCUUUCUCAACGGAAAGUCUUCUCUUGAAUAAGCAUGAGUAAUUACAGCGCUCAGCUUCGGUUGAUUUGGUGGAAAAAUCUGCAUAUAUACUGGAGAUGGGGCAUUCCAUCCUCUUUGUAUCACAAUCUUGCAAGUUGAUUAACGUGCCUUUUAUAUGUCGUCUGACUUUUGCCUAUACUACAAUAAGAAAUGUUAAUACAUUGUUUGUAUAUCCUCGCUAUCUAUCUAUCUAUAUACAACUUUUAGAUUACAUUUCUACAAAUAUAAUUGUAUUUCAGA